AUACAAAUUCACACUCACACACACACACACACACACACACACACACACACAUAUACUAUGUAUAUUGUAUUGUGUACGCACGCAUGAAAAUUAAAUUUAACCGACGAAAUGUUUUCUAAAUUGAAUUAAAAUCGAAACCCGUCUGGAAUAAGAGCAUCAAUUACAGUGCGUGUUCUCUCGUCACGAGUGCGUUUCCUCCCGGGUCGUUUACCACUGUGCGUUUGUGAGUGCGCCCGUUCGUGUGUGUUUAUGUUGUGUGUGCGGUGCACUUGGUUCGAACUCGUCCGCGUGUGAACGCGAGUGCGUGAAGCGUGCACCGCAGCUGCCGCCACCGCCUCGACGAAAGUGUACUUUCCGUCAUCGCCGCAGUGGUAAUAAUUUUGUAAAAAUAUAUUAUAAUAAUAAUUUAUUAUAAUCGAAUAAGACCGUGACGACGACGACGUCGAUCGCCCCCAGACGCCGUCGCGGAAACCGGUGCGGUGCGGUGUGGUCCGGGCGUGUGGCCUGAGCUCCGCAGCCGCCGCCGCCACACACCACCGUCGUCGCACAAUCGUCAUCGGGCGCCGUAGCGAUAAGUUCGGCGCGCGGUGACGGUGAAGACGUCGACGGCGACGACGACGACGACGACGACCGUAACGACGUCGUCGACGACCGCGACGACAGCAACCGCGACGACGACACCGCUGCGUUCCGUGUCUCCGGCGCUGUAGCAGCCGUGGCAACGGUCAAUGGACGAUAGCCGGCACACCGGCCCGACAGUAAGAUGACCGCCGGACCCGAUGACCUCGAACUCCUAGCAAAGGUUGGCGGCGGAGAAGGAAGUCGCUGCGGCCGCGGGACGUGACUGCAUCGGGUCGGCGGGAACAUCCGCCGGCAUGGGGAGGCCACGGUCCCACCACCAUCACCACCAUCACCACCACCAGCAGGCGGACGCGCCCCCCGGGCCGUCGUCCUUGUUCCUGUUCAGCACCGACAACCCCGUCCGCCGGUACACUAGGUUCAUCAUCGAAUGGCCUCCGUUCGAAUAUGCGGUGCUGUUAACCAUCAUAGCCAACUGCGUGGUGUUGGCUCUGGAGGAACAUCUGCCCAGGGGAGACAAGACUGUACUUGCUAAGACUUUGGAGGCAACCGAACUCGUUUUCCUAGCAAUUUUUUGCGUCGAAGCGACUCUCAAAAUAUUAGCUUUAGGUUUUUUACUGCACAGCGGCUCAUAUCUUCGUAAUAUAUGGAACAUUAUGGACUUUUUUGUAGUUGUAACAGGAUGUAUAACACAAAUACCGUCAGCGGCAAACAUGGAUCUGCGGACGCUGCGAGCGAUCCGGGUAUUGAGGCCGCUCAAAUUGGUCUCCGGAAUUCCAAGUCUGCAAGUCGUGCUGAAGUCCAUCAUCAAAGCGAUGGCUCCGCUACUCCAGAUUGGUUUAUUGGUGUUAUUUGCUAUCAUCAUAUUCGCAAUCAUCGGACUGGAGUUUUACUCCGGAGCGUUGCACAAGACUUGCUACAGGUUGGAUAAUCUGAUUGCGAUGGAAAUCGAGGGAGCGAAUCCGGCGCCUUGCAACUCGGACUCGGACUCAAAAGAAGAGGCGAAGCCGUACAACGCUUACUUCUGUGAUAGCACGAAGUCCACGUGCAUAGAAAACUGGGUAGGCCCCAAUUACGGGAUCACGUCGUUCGAUAACAUCGGACUGGCCAUGCUCACCGUUUUCCAAUGCAUCACCAUGGAAGGGUGGACUACCAUCCUGUACUGGAUGAACGAUGCGUACGGUGUGCUAUUCAAUUGGAUAUAUUUUGUACCACUUAUUAUUCUAGGUUCAUUUUUUAUGCUCAAUUUAGUUCUCGGUGUGCUUAGCGGAGAAUUCGCUAAAGAAAGAGAAAAAGUCGAAAACCGGCAAACGUUCUUGAAGCUACGGCGACAGCAACAGCUGGAACGCGAGCUCAACGGUUAUGUAGACUGGAUAUGCAAAGCCGAAGAGGUUAUCCUGGCCGAAGAACGGACCACAGAUGAGGAGAGAAGACACAUUAUCGAAGCGAGAAGAAGAGCUGACAUAAAAAGGAAAAAACUGAAAACCUUGGGCAAAAGCAAAAGCACCGAGUCCGAGGAAGAGUGCGAGGAAGAAGAAGCCGAUGAAGUGCUUGGUAAAGGCAAAAAAGGUUUCCCGCGCACGCCGACGUUCAAAGACCGAAUGCGAAAAAAGGGCGUUUGCGCUUCUAUGUGGAGAGCCGAAAAACGGUUUAGGUUUUGGAUCAGACGCAUGGUAAAAGCGCAAUGGUUCUAUUGGUUCGUCAUCGUAUUAGUGUUUUUUAAUACAGUGUUCGUGGCCAUCGAACAUCACAAACAACCAGAAUACAUAACGAAUUUCGUCUUUUAUUCUGAGUACGUGUUCCUCAUGCUCUUCAUGGCCGAAAUGUUCAUCAAGAUGUACGCGCUCGGCAUACGGAUAUACUUCGAUUCCGCGUUCAACCGUUUCGAUUGCGUCGUAAUCAUGGGUUCCAUAUUCGAAGUCGUCUGGUCAGCCGUGAAAGGCGGUUCCUUCGGUCUGUCCGUGCUGAGAGCACUUCGGUUGUUACGAAUAUUCAAAGUGACAAAGUAUUGGUCUUCGUUGAGGAACCUCGUGAUAUCGUUACUCAACUCCAUGAGAUCAAUUAUAUCAUUGCUUUUCCUACUGUUCUUGUUCAUACUGAUAUUCGCACUGCUCGGUAUGCAGUUAUUCGGUGGACAGUUCAAUUUCGAGGAAGGAACGCCUCCGACAAACUUCAACACGUUCCCAAUAGCCCUGUUAACCGUGUUUCAGAUCCUAACCGGGGAAGAUUGGAACGAAGUCAUGUACCAAGGCAUUAGAAGUCAAGCCCAGACUCAAGGUGGAGGGAUGAUAUACGCUCUAUACUUCAUCAUCUUAGUACUUUUCGGUAACUAUACACUGCUGAACGUGUUCUUGGCUAUUGCCGUCGACAAUUUAGCGAACGCGCAAGAAUUAACAGCUGCCGAGGAAGAACAAGAAGAAGAGGACAAAGAGAAGCAACAACAAGAACUCGAGAAAGAAAUGGAAGCAUUACAAAUGAGUACUGACCCGUCCAAGAUGGAAAUGAUACCAACAUCGCCAUCACAAAAUUCCAGUGUUUCACUUAUCAGACAUCACCGAAAACAUCAUUCGGAUGAGCCCGACAGCAAAGUGGAGGAAGAGGAAGAAGACGAAGGACCGAAACCCAUGUUACCGUAUUCGUCUAUGUUUUUGUUAUCACCUACCAACGGCAUUAGAAGAGCCGCCCAUUGGAUCGUCAAUUUAAGGUAUUUCGAUUUUUUUAUCAUGCUGAUUAUCAUAUUGAGCAGCGUGGCGUUAGCCGCCGAAGAUCCGAUUAACGACGAAUCAGAUUGGAACAAUUAUUUGGACGUAGUCGAUAACGUGUUCACAGUGAUUUUUGCAAUAGAAAUGAUACUGAAGAUAAUCGAUCUGGGGGUGAUUUUGCAUCCCGGUUCGUACCUCAGAGAGUUUUGGAACAUAAUGGACGCGGUGGUGGUCAUCUGCGCGUUCGCGUCAUUCAUAUUCCAAAAGGGCGGCGGUUCUGUCGGCACGAACCUGUCGACCAUCAAGUCGCUCCGCGUGCUGCGAGUUUUGCGACCGUUGAAGACCAUCAAGCGCGUACCAAAGCUCAAAGCUGUGUUUGAUUGCGUAGUCAAUUCGCUGAAGAACGUUAUCAACAUACUUAUCGUAUACAUACUGUUUCAUUUCAUCUUUGCCGUCAUUGCCGUUCAGCUGUUCCACGGCAAGUUUUUCUAUUGUAACGAUAGCAGCAAGUCUGUCAACGGCACAUGCCAGGGUUAUUAUUUCAAAUACGAAGCCGGCGACACUGAAGACGUGAAUUCACAAAAGUUCAUACCUACCUCGGAGAAGAGGGUAUGGGAUCAACAAGCCUUCUACUAUGACAACGUGGCCGUGGCCAUGUUGACGCUGUUCGCUGUCCAGACGGGCGAAGGAUGGCCCCAGGUGUUGCAAAAUUCGAUAGCAGCCACGGAAGAGGACCAAGGACCCAUACCGAAUUACCACAUCGAGAGGUCCUUGUUCUACAUAAUUUAUUUUAUUGUGUUUCCUUUCUUCUUCGUCAACAUAUUCGUCGCGUUGAUCAUCAUUACGUUUCAAGAACAAGGAGAGGCCGAAUUACAAGACGGCGAAAUCGAUAAAAACCAGAAAUCGUGUAUCGAUUUUACCAUACAAGCCAGACCGCUGGAAAGGUACAUGCCGAAAGACAGGAAUAGUAUGAAAUACAAGAUAUGGCGACUGGUUGUGUCGACGCCGUUUGAAUAUUUCAUCAUGAUACUGAUCGUCUUGAACACGCUGUUACUCAUGAUGAAGUUUUAUCAACAAAAAAAAUCCUACAAGACUGCUCUACAUUACAUGAACAUGGUGUUUACUGGCAUGUUUACCAUUGAGUGCGUGCUCAAAAUUUUGGCGUUCGGAGUCAGGAAUUUUUUUAAAGAUCCGUGGAAUAUUUUCGACUUUAUCACGGUCAUUGGAAGUAUCGUGGACGCACUGGUCAUCGAAUUUGGGGAACGCCUCGUAUAUGUGUACCGAACUUUGAUCAAUGUAGAGAAACCAACAGAUUUACCAAAACUGCUGUUUGGAGAAGUUGUGGAGGAAAACUUCAUAAACGUCGGAUUCCUCCGGCUCUUCCGGGCCGCAAGACUGAUAAAACUGCUCCGGCAAGGGUACACGAUACGGAUAUUGCUCUGGACGUUCGUCCAGUCGUUCAAAGCCCUGCCCUACGUAUGUCUGCUGAUCGGUAUGUUGUUCUUCAUAUACGCCAUCAUCGGGAUGCAGAUUUUCGGCAACAUAGAGCUGAACCCCAACACGGAUAUCAACAGGCACAACAAUUUCCAAACGUUUGUCCAGGGUCUAAUGCUAUUGUUUCGAUGCGCUACGGGCGAAGCGUGGCCGUCGAUCAUGUUGUCGUGUAAUCAUGGGAAAAUGUGCGAACCGGGUGCCAAAAAGUUGGACUACGAUUGUGGUUCGAACAUGGCCUACAUGUAUUUUGUGUCGUUCAUAUUUUUCUGCUCGUUUCUGAUGUUGAACUUGUUCGUGGCAGUCAUCAUGGACAACUUCGAUUACCUGACCAGGGACUCGUCGAUUCUGGGUGCUCAUCACCUGGACGAAUUCGUUCGGAUAUGGGCGGAAUACGACCCAAACGCCACGGGAAAGAUACACUACACCGAAAUGUACGAUAUGCUCAAAAACAUUGAUCCACCAUUGGGCUUCGGCAACAAGUGUCCCAACCGUUUGGCGUACAAGAAACUCAUCCGGAUGAACAUGCCUGUCGACCAGGACGGCAAGGUUCAGUUCACGACGACGUUGUUCGCGCUCAUCCGGGAAAACCUGAGCAUAAAGAUGCGAUGUGCUGAAGAGAUGGAUCAGGCGGACGAAGAAUUGAGAGAGACCAUCAGACACAUAUGGCCGUUACAGGCCAGAAAGAUUUUGGACCUGCUCAUUCCAAAAAGCGAUUGUCUGAACACCGGAAAACUGACGGUAGGCAAGAUAUACGCAGGUCUGUUGAUUUUAGAGAGCUGGAAGUCCACGAGAUUCGGUCAGGUCGAAUCGUCGAAUCCACAGGACAUUGCAGAACAUAGUUCCCCAGAGCCGCACUCAUCAUUCUUCACGUGCCUGAUGGAGGCCGCCGGUGCGACAAAUUGGAACGCGGAACGUGGGCAGGACGAGGACGAAAAUAGCUGUUUGCUGACCAGGAACAACUCCAGGAGCCGGUCUAAAAAGCGGUAUAUAACGCAAUCCAAACGUUUGAGGAGGAGACGUGGCGAUAUUUUAGAAAAGGUGAUGGAGCUGACAGACGUGGUGAUUUCAUCGCGGAGGCCGUCCGAAGAUUCCAACUCCGACGGACAACAGCCCCAGCAUCAGGGUAUGCAUUUACAUCCCGGUUACAGACAACAGAGAUCGCGAUCGCCGAGCAUACGUAGAGAGCGUCAUACCCCGUCGCCUAUCAGGAGAUACCAUCAACAAUCUCACCACUACCAUCACCACAGUCACCAUCCACACGAGAUCGGCUUCAGUGACACUGUGUCCAACGUCGUCGAGAUCGUCAAACAGCUGGAUCAUCGUCGUCACCCUAGAGGUUCUUGGUCGGCGUCCACGAGUCCGGUCCGGUCACUCAGCCCGGAUAGGUCGGAAAGCGGCCGCACGUACUACGGAACUACCAGCCUGGACCAGCGGUCACGUUCCCCGUCGCCGGUGUCGACGAACGGCAGCGGCCGGCACCAGCAGCACCACCACCAUCAGCAGCAGCAGCACCACCAUCAGCAGCAGCAGCACCAUCAGCAGCAGCAGCAUCACGGAGGAGGCGGCGGCGGCGGGGCAUCGGUCUCGUCGUCCGCCGCCGCCGGGCCGACGUCGUCGAGACAGCAGCAACAGCACCAGCAGCCGGCGCCACCACCGCCGCCGUCGUCUUCGUCGUCCGUGUCUCACCACGGGCCGCACCAUCCGCCGCAGUCGCUGUCCGGCGGUGGCGGCCACGCGACCUCCGUGUCGGCUAUGAUGACCGGUGCGGCCGCGGCGUCGGCGGCUGCAGCGGCCAUGACGAUGCCGCCGCCGUCCGUGCUGGUCAACAGCAGUUACCCCGUGCUGGCCGUGGCCGGUUGCAACAGGCGUCGGUUGCCGCCCACGCCCAACAAGCCGUCGUCGCUGCAGCUCCGGCCGCCGCACCACUCGGCCUCGAUAAACUUCCCGAAGCUGAACGCGUCACCGACGCGUGGCCAGCCAGCGGCGCUGCCCAAACCGCCGGCCGUGGCCGCGUCGUCCUCGUCUACUGCCGCGGCCGUGGCCCGGCAGAGUAUGGCCAUGACGGCCAUGCCGCCGCUCAGCUUCGAGCAGGCCAUGUCGAUCGGCCGCAGCGGCCGGCUACUGCCGUCGCCGGUGCGCAACGGGUACGCGUCGUCGUCGUCCAAGCAGCAGCAGCAGCCAUCGUCGUCGUCCUCAGUGUCCGCGAUCAGGCGGCAAAAGAGCGGCGGCGGUGGCGGCGGCAGCGGUGGCCGGGUGAGCAGCCGGCACAGCGAUUCGGACGAGGACGACUGGUGCUAACCCUUGCUGUCUGGUAGUGGCCGUCGCCGCCGCCAUAGCAGCAACAGCAGCAGCAGCGACGACGACGACGACGACGAUAGACUUUGCUGCAGCAGCCGCCAACGACGACCGCGGCGACGACUGCCGCAACGACGGAAAACGACGGUCGUCAGAUCGUUUCGGUCGCCCGCAGCGUCACGCUCGCCUCGGCCGACGAUCGCUGUCGCGUCGUCCUGCUCGUCGUCUUCUUCGUCGUCGCUGUUGGACUACUCCUCGCGUUCUGUUGCGCCGCUGUCGCCGCCGCCAAACAAGCAGCAGCAGCAGCAGCAGCAGCAGCAGCAGUAGCCGCCGCUGCCACCGCCCAAAUUUAUAAAUAUUAACAUAUAUUAUUACCUAAUUAUUAUUAUUAUUAUUAUUAUUAACUAUUACCCGAACUAUAAAGAUAAGAAAAACACACGGCUCGUUAUUUUGCGCGUAUACUCCCGUCGUCGUUUUUUCGUUUUGAAUUUUUUUAAAUAUAUUGAUUUUUUAACGUACGCGUGCAGUCUCAUCUCGACGGUGUGGCUAACAUUUUGUUAAGAGGUCGAUAAUAAUAUGAUAUUAUAUAUUGUAUUAUAUUUAGUGGAUAAACAAUAUUGUAUUUCCGCAAAGUGUUGGUUUUUGUUUUGUUUUGUUUUAUAAUCUCAAGAACGUAUUUUUUAUCGUAAUGUACAAUAAAACAAUAAUAAUAAUUGUAUUACAAUCGUCGCGCAGUUUCCGUACAUUCAGAUUAUAACAUAAUAUUAUAAUAUGUUCGUGUGUAGAGGUACAUGAUAAUAUACGUUUAUAUUAUUUAUGCAUACAUUUUUUUUUUAUGGCCGGACAUUCCCUUUUUUUCACUCAGUCGUUCCUCCAACCGUAAAACAACCCUUUCACACACACAAAUGCCACCCAUCACAAUAAUAUAAUAAAACUCACCGUCGUCGUGUUCACCUACACACCCAUACAUCGCAAGCGUCUCUUAAUAUAUUAUUAUUAUUAUCAUCAUCAUGUUGCCGUGUCUCGUUCUAUUAUUAUAUCGCUCUACUCUUUACAAUCAUAAUAUAUUACACACAAACAAACACACACACACACACACUCACACAACAAUAUCGAAUUAUAUUAUAUUACUAUUAUUAUCGAUCUGUUGAAUUAAAAUAAUUUAAGUUUAAAAACUAAAUUAUAAUAAUCAUUGUAAAUAACAUCCCCCUCCCUCCGCAAUCCACGUGAAUAAAAUCUAAUUGUGCAUAAUAUUAUACUAUGUAAUAUUAUUAUUAUUGCUUAUUUCGUCACCGUACACAUAUAUAAAUUAUGAAAUGCAUUAUAGGUAAUUGAAUACAAGAUAAAUAUAUAUAUUUUUUUUUUAAAAAUCGCCUUUACAUUUGCAUGAUUAUUUUAUUAUUCUUAUCGUUUUAAAUUUUUCUUUUCCAAAAUAUCACACCGUUACGACGUCGAUCAAAUACGUCAUCUUUUGGAAUAAAUCGAUUGCAUCUAUUGGAUUUCUCCACCCCCUUUCCUUCACGGCUGAAUGUUGUAAUCUAACGCAACUAACGAGCAUGCAGUACGUUUCGCGGUUCUUACACUUUCGAUACCCGGGUACCUAACUAUCUUAACGUUUUCAAGUAAUUUAUAAUAAUUCAUAACACACACGCUCAAUGUAGGUACUAAAAUAAUAACAAUAUAUCAUAUUGUUUAGCUGCAACGCGAACAGUUACUCAAUUUUUUUUAGAUCCGAUGUAUACAUUUUGAAAAAACUACUAUACCUGGCGGCUUUUUUUGGCGAUGCAAUAAAUUUAAUGACAUUACAUUUUUUUCUCGAAACUGCGUAAUCAAAGGGCACCCGAACUCUUUUUUGUGAUCUUAUCAUCUGUGAUUAUAUUAUUCUCUUAACAUUUUUUUUUCACGUCAUAUUAUUAUAUAGUUGUAUGGUAUGUAUGGUAUAAGAAUACGUCGUAAUAAUAUGAUGCGUUACCUGUUAAAUAAUAACUCCAUUCAAUCCUUAAACAUCUUUAUUUUAAUUUAUUUUAAAUAUUCCUCGCAUUCUGCUAAAUAAAAUAUUGUGUAUAAACGCAUUGUCAGCAUAAAUUUGUAACAAAAUAAUAUGUUCAUUGUACAAAAUGUCGCACAAACCUACCUAUUAUAUUAUCAGCUACCGGUAGGGCACUGUAAUUAAUAUUUGUAUAUUGUCAAUUUUCCGGAAAUUCGAAAAACGAACACGACGAGACAUGUUUUCUUCUGCAGUAUCGAUAAUAUUAUGACGACAAGGGGAUGUCCGUGACAUUGUUUUCCAUAUCGUGUUAAAAUAAAACCGUAUUCUCGUCUCAUCACGGAACGGACAAAGCGAAAAACAAUAAUAAUAUUAUUUAUUUAAAAAAAAACACUAAUAUUAUUAAUCCUAUCGUACGACACUUCAGUCACUAAGCAAACGUCGUAGACACGACUAUUGAUAUUUUACGAUUUAGGGGUCGAAUUUUCCGAACCGAUUGAGACGUCGGAUUUCAUCACCAGCUGUAUAGGUACGUUCAUCUUAAUCCGAAUUUCGCUUUGCCUAUAAGUACAAAAAGCGCUAAUCUCGGCAAUACGCGUUAUCGUUUUCCUCCGUUUUGUUUAACUAUACUAAUUAUAUUAUACCCAUUAUAAUCACAUUAUCAUCUGAAAACGCUUUCGUAGACACAGGUUUCACAAUCGUCGCGAAUUUCUCUUAUUGUAUUUUGUGUGUGUGUAUGUUCAAUUAUAUCGCAUAAUAAUAUAUAUUAUUAUAUUUCAUGGUUUCUUCGUUUUGUACUUUUGGAGCGUUUAUUAUGAUGUUGUUCAGUAUACUCUAUAUAAUAUUAUUAUUAUUAUUAUUAUUAUUAUUAUAUUAUACAAUAUUAUGCGACUUAAAGUUGCGUGCGAUCGUGUAGGCAACUAUGUUGUACAUUAUAUUAUUAUGUUCUGUUAUAUUAUAUUUCGUGUUUCUCUUUUGUACAAUAAUAUUGUUCCGUUUCGUUUAAUUUGUUGUCAAUCGUUUAAUCUCGUGCGGUUUCGGAAAUGUAGGUUUUAUAAACCAUGUACUCAUAAUAAUAUAUUUCUCGUAAAUAUUGUUUCUAUAUAUUUUCAAUUAUUAAGUUUGUUUGUUCCCUCUCCUCGUCUAUAGUCUACCAUUGACAUCCACACACCCGUCCAAACACACACACACACACACACACACACACACACACCACAUAUAGAUAUGACAUAUAUACAGGCUCUGAUUUAAGCGAAGCCACCUAUAUAUAGGUAACUGUGCCUAGCCGUUUGAAUGACACGAUUUUAUUUCGGACAAGAUUAGACACAACCUCCUCAUGCAUAACAUGUCAUAAUAGUAUUAUGUAUAGUUAAGAGUUCACUCUUACUUCAGUAAUACCUCAAUCGUGCCUACCUAAUAAUAUGUGACGAUAUAAUACUGUCGUUGACGCAUUCGUAAACAUCCCCUAUAAAUAAAACCACAUCUGAUCUAUACUAUAGAGAACGUAUUAUUAUAAUAUUAAUACCGCGAUGGUUUCAUUUGAACUUCUCUCCCAUUUUCUUUCCGUGUUGGUCAUAACUCAUAAUAUAGUUGGCACGUAUAUAGAUUUGAACUCCAGUAUAUAGGGACCAUCCCUCGUACGAGAUUAUGUACCUACCCCCGGCCUCAUAAAUCGUAAGUCAAGACCUGUACAUAUAAUAUGAUACGCCCACUUGCAUGCCAAAGUGCAGAGCCGUCUACAUAAUACUAUAUUAUGACGUCAUAGUAUAAUAACAUAUUAUGUGUGUGUGUGUGUGUUCGAAAAUCGAUAAAUCGAAUUAUAACUUUUGACUCGUAUUUCCAAAAACAAUCGUAUAUCGAUUUCGAUCCACGUACGCACGCUAGGCCGAGUAUAAUAUAAUAUAUUAUUGUAUUAUUUUAUACACGUAAAAAUAUUAAAUAAAAUAGACAUGAUAGUAUAAUAUUAUACUGCAUAAUAUUUUAUAUUAUUACGACAUGUAUAUUUUGUCCCGCUUACAUCUUUCUCUCUCAUAGUCCUCUCUUUAUCUUACUCUCUCUCUGUGUCUCUGUCUCUGUCUCUGUCUCUCUCUAACUAUCUACAUGAUAUCUAUUUACCGUCUAUCUUUAUAUUUUAUCUCUGUAUUUGUGAAUAAAAUGACUUUGUACAUAGUAUAGAUUUUGUUCGAUUGUUAAUUUAUUUAAUUAAUUAUUA